AUGACUUGGCGGGAAGUUCCCAGUGACGGAUCGGUAUCCGUGGCAACGGGUAGCAUCUGCCGCGGGCGCCCAAGACCGAUCAGCCGGAGCCAGUGCUGGCGCGGCCGUACCUCGUCCCCGCGGACAGCGACUGGCCCCUGCUCCCCGGGAACAGUCACCACACGGACACACACACACGGACACACACACACACACACACACACACACCCACCAGUGAUUCUGCCUCCCCCGCAGGGGGUUAAGUUGGCCGCGGUGGACCUGGACCUUGUGGUCAGACUGCUCAAGGAGCCCAAACAGGCUGAUUUAGAAGAAAUACAGCUGCAAUCUCUCAAGAAGUUGGUGGAAUGUUAUCAGAAUGGGAUUCCUCUCAGGGACUUUGAACAAAUAUUUAAAAUCUUGAGCCUGUGUGCAGAACAAAUUCAGGAGCGUCCCAGCUUCAUCAAACCCAUGUGUGAAAUCCUCCGACUGUGUGGAUUACCAUUUUUGAAAAAGAAACUCUCGGAUGAAGAAAACUAUGCCAAAGUUGUCUCCGAUUCAGUGGCACAGUUGGGUCACUUCAUGAGCGUCCCGAGUUCUGAGGUGAGGAUCCGAAUCUGUAAAUGCAUUGUUGACUUCUAUCAUGCGGAGCCGCCGAAGAAGCCGAUCGCAGGCUAUCAGCCGGUGAGCCCCUCCUACAAGGUUCGGAUGGCCGAGUCAGGGGGACUGGCAGGGGCCCUCGUCCUGUCGAUGGCUUCCCUCGAGGAUCAACUGACAGAGAAGUUGUGGGUGCUGAAGGCUCUGCAGCAUCUCUCCACCUCGGUAAUAAAUUGCAACCUAAUGAUGAAAGCCCAGGCUGCCAGCAGGGUCUGCUCUCACCUCAAUGACCCCGAUCCCUCCGGACAGCUCCUGUUCCGUUCGUCAGAGAUUCUGUGGAACCUGUUGGAGAACACAUCCAAAGAGGAAAUCAUCAAUCAGCUCAGCACCUUGGAGUGCGUGUGUGCUCUGAAAGAAGUUUUUGUCAACCUGUUUACAAAUGGAUUUCGUCAUUAUGACCGUCAACUGCGGAAUGAUCUCUUAGUGAUCACUACCCUCCUGGCUCAAAACCCGGGAGCUCCCAUGAUUGAGAGUGGGUUUUCCAGAGAGUUGAUACGUUUUGCAACCUUUGGUGAAGUAAAAACCCAUAAUCCUUUGGUAAAAAGCGUAAGACUCUCCAAUAGCAAUGAAGAUUUUGAGUUGAAGAAACUGCUGCUUAACGUCAUUGUGGUCUUAUCCAAAGACUUGCCCACUGUCCAGCUCCUGACCGAGGGCCAGAUGGUACUGGCCUUGUUCAGCUACGUCAAGAAGGUGGAAAAGCACAAGGUGAACGAGUGGUCAGACGCCCAACAUGAGGAACUGCAGCUCCACGCACUGGCUGCCCUGGCAUCGGUGGCACCUCUGCUGAUUGACGACUACAUGGCAUGCCAGGGCAAUACCCGUAUCCUUCUCUUUCUGGACUGGUGCACGAGUGAAGAUCCCUUCUUUGGCCAGGGGAACUGUUUCCAUGGCACAGGAGGCCGCGGCAACAAACGGGCCCAGAUGCGCUACAGCCUCAGACUCUUGAGAGCGAUGGUGUCCCUUGGUGAGGAAACCGUGAGCCAGGAUCUCUGUGAUCAGGGAGCAAUUAAACAGUUGAUAGGAAUCUUGAAAAGGACCACCAGCAAAGAGAAAGCCAAAGAAAAAGAUGACACGAUUGUUUUAGAGAUCCAAGCCGAUGCCCUGCUCAUCUUGUCCGGGCUGUGUGAACACCACCUUCCGAGGAAGGAAAUCUUCGGUAAGGACGGAAUAGACAUCCUUCUCCAGCUAAUGAAAAUGGACCCUAAGAAGUUCCAGAGUGGAUUAGAGCAUAAUCGACUUCUUCUUAGUACACUGGAUGGACUGUGGUGUUGUCUUCUGGGAUGCUACUCCAUGGAAGACUACUUUCUUGAAAAGGAGGGCAUUUUUCUCCUUCUGGAUUUGCUGGCAUUGAACUGCAAAAACCUGUGUAAUUUCAUCCUUGGGAUAAUGGUGGAAUUCUGUGACAAUCCCAAAACUACUGCUCACGUCAACGCGUGGCGAGGAGUAAAUGACCAAACGGCUGCUAGCCUUCUAAUCAAGCUGUGGAGGCAGGAAGAGACUGAUCUGGGAGUGAAACGGGAUCGAGAUGGGAAAAUCAUCGAUGCCAAGAAACCACUAGUGACCAGUUUCCAGGAAGAACAAGCAGUCAUUCCAGUGCCAGCCAACUGCCCCACAGCCGCCAUCAUGGAUGUCUCUGAGAACAUCAGGGCCAAGAUUUAUGUUGUGCUGGGAAAACUGGAUUUUGAAAACUUGCCUGGCCUGUCUGCAGAAGACUUUGUCACACUCUGUGUCAUCCACAGAUAUCUGGAUUUGAAGAUCGGGGAGAUUUGGGACGAAAUAAGCAAAGAGCUAACAGUGGAGGAGUUCAGACCAAUCACGGCUGACAAGGAAACUCUGGAGGCUAUCACGGAGGCGUCAGAAAAUGUUGGGAAAAUGGUGGCCGCUCUGCAAACGGAGAUGGUUGAAAGCCAGCGACACCAGGAUAUGCAGGAAGAACGGAAAGUGUACACCAAGAUUCAGGCCACUCACAAGCAGAGAGAGCUGGCCAGCAAGUCUUGGGAGGAUUUUGUGUCUCGUACGUCCAACUAUAAAGCUCUAAAGAGAGCAAAGAAACUCCAGGAGAAGGCUGCUGCGGCUACCAGGCCGCAGGGCCAGCCCCCAAGUGCCAUAGUCCAUCCGACGAACAUCGAAGGGCUCAAUACUACCGUGGCCCCGGGCCGGCUAGUGACAGUGGAGAGUACGCCUGCCCGGCUCACGGGGGGCACCCUUGCCGGCACAGACAUCGCACUGAAAACAUUGCCCAUUCGAGGAGGGGCUCUGCAAAAGGUCCGAGGAGCCCAGCUGGCGGAUCCGCCAAAGAAGGACCCGUGUCUGUAGAGUCAAAUGGCCUCGGGCCAUGGAAAAUGGAUUAUGGCAACAUCAAGCCGUGGGGUGGGCUGUGGACCCAGG